AUGGAUCAUUCAUAUUCUACCACAAGGGCCAUCCUUUUCAUUAUCGGCACAAUCCUUUCUCGCCUAGCCGUUGGAAGUGUCUGGGCACAAUUCUGCGAUGACGAGGCCUGCUCCGUCAACUGUGGUCUUUCCGUCAGCGUCAACAACCCGGCCUGUCUACGCAAAGAAUGGGGGCGGAAGUCGGUCAGAUUACAUGGCCAGAAUUUUAUUGGAUCUUAUCUAGUUAACUCCCCUGAUGCGAAUUGCGGCUGCCAGAACGACUGCACCUCCAUACCUGGCACCGGGCUUCCUAUCUGCAUAGACCUUACCAACAAAGCCACCGCACAGUCGUACCGCUUCCAACUCACCACCUGUAAGCAAGACGAAGCUGGCCCGGGGCAGGGUGUUGGCGAUAACUGCAAUACCUCCUCAUCUUCUGCUGCUCUACUGGCCCCUAUCACUACGAUUUCCUCCGCUAUCAUAUGA